UUGAUGUUUAGAAUGCAGUAAACGAUUUCCGGUUAAACGUCACUGACAUAUUUUACAAGCACGUGUUGACAAUUUUGUGAAAUAUAUAUGUGAUGGAUUUCUCCCUCGGAGAAACGACAAAGACAACAAAUCUAAUAUUAUGCUGUCAAUGUGGCACAGAAAUAGAGCCCAAUGCCUCCAACAUGUGUGUAUCCUGCAUCAGAACACAGGUGGAUAUCACAGAGGGAAUCCCCAAACAGGCUGUACUGUACUUCUGCAGAAACUGUAACAGAUACUUGCAGCCUCCCAGCACAUGGGUGUCUGCACAGCUAGAAUCAAGAGAACUUCUUUCCAUCUGUCUGAAGAAACUCAAAGGAAUAAACAAAGUUCGAUUGGUUGAUGCCGGAUUUGUGUGGACAGAACCUCAUUCUAUGAGAAUCAAAGUCAAACUCACUGUACAGAAAGAGGUGAUGAAUGGGGCGGUGCUUCAGCAGGUGUUUGUGGUGGAGUUCACGGUCAACAACAACAUGUGUGACGACUGCCACCGCGUGGAAGCCAAGGACUUCUGGAGAGCCGUGGUUCAGAUCAGACAGAAGACUGACCACAAGAAGACCUUCUUCUUCCUGGAGCAGCUGAUUCUGAAACACAAGGCCCACGCCAACACAGUCAACAUCAAGGCUGUACACGAUGGAUUGGAUUUCUUCUACUCCCAAAAACAAGAUGCUCGAAAAUUGGUCGACUUUUUAGUGAAUGUAGUACCAUGCAGGUAUCAGUGUGCUCAGGAGCUGGUUUCCCAUGACAUCAGAAACAACACCUUUACCUACAAGUACACCUUCUCUGUGGAGAUCGUCCCCAUUUGUAAGGACAACAUUGUGUGCCUGCCUCCUAAGCUGGCCCAAAUCCUGGGAAACAUCAGCCCGAUCUGUAUCUGUAGUCAUGUGACCCAGACAGUGCACCUGAUUGACCCCAACACGCUGCAAGUGGCAGAUGUGAGUGGAACACAGUUUUGGAGGUACCCCUUUGUGAACCUCUGCUCCCCUAAAAGAUUUGUGGAGUUUAUGGUGAUGCAGGUGGACAUUAUUCCAGAAAAGGACAGGCCCCACAGAGUGCCAGUAUCCAAUAAGCAUGUGUUGGCUGACCUCUGGGUAUCCAAGGUGACAGAGAAUGGCCUGAGUGACCACCAAUUCUUCUGUAGGACACACCUGGGGCACCUGCUGAGUCCGGGGGACACAGUUUAUGGAUUUGAUUUUACUAAUGCCAACUUGAACAACCCUGACCUGGAGAAGGUCAAGGCUGAAAAGCUGCCGGAUGUGGUGAUUGUGAAGAAAGUGUUUGGAGAUAAAACAACCAGGAACAGGAAGCGAAGGUGGAAGCUGAAGCAUCUCCAUGACGACCUGCACAUGGAGACGGCCAGCAAUGAAAGAGACUACACAGAUUUCCUUGAGGAUCUGGAGGAGGACCAGAUAACCAGGCAACACGUCAACAUUUACAAAGAUGAGAGCAAGAUAGCCGUGGAUACGGAUGACACGGAGGAUGAGGAUCUGCCACAGAUCAGUCUACAGGAAAUGCUGGAUGAUCUCCACAUUGCGGAUGAUCCUAUGGGAGACGAGGACUAGCCUCUAUAUGGGAGAAAAGGGAGACUAUUCAUGUUUUCUGCAUGAAUACCUUAAGAAAACAACGUAUGGACACACUAGAAAAAACAUUUGCUAUUAUUGUACUCAAUAUAUCCCUAUACCUAUCCCAUGUUUGUCAUCCACAAACUCUGUUAUGAAGAUUAAUUUUUUGGAUAAUUUAUUUGAAAAUGCUGUGCGAAAUGUUUGUUGGUUUUUUUGGAAUAAAAUGACUGCUGACUACAUG